AUGGCUGCUCCGCUUGAAGAGCUAAAUCAGGGGAAUUCUGGCUCCCUAAGAUACACCAUCGGCGCUCCUCGCAACCAAAAUGACAUUCCUCCACAAAACUCCAAUGGUCAAUACACGUACUCCACUCCACCAAACCAGGCAAACGGCAAUGCAAACGAUGCUCACUACGACAGUGAUGCCAGAUAUUCCUCCGACAGCAGAACUGGAAGAAAGAGGUCCGUGGGCGGGCAAGGAGAACGGAGUAGAUCAAGAACAAAUGGCAGCACAGGAAAGUCAUCCAAUUCUGGAGCCCGGCAGUGCAGAAAGUGCAACGAGCCUCUGACUGGUCAAUUCGUCCGUGCGCUCGGUGGGACAUUUCACCUGGACUGCUUCAAAUGCGCCGACUGCGGCCAGAUUGUUGCCUCAAAGUUCUUCCCUGUGGAUGCUGAGGAUGGAUCUGGACAAUUCCCCCUCUGCGAAACAGAUUAUUUUCGGCGUCUGGAUCUGCUAUGCUUCGAAUGCGGUGGCGCACUUCGUGGCUCAUACAUUACCGCUCUCGAUCGCAAAUAUCACAUCGAGCACUUCACAUGUUCAGUCUGCCCUACCGUUUUCGGCGCUCAGGACAGCUACUACGAGCAUGAUGGGAGAGUCUACUGUCAUUACCACUACUCUACGCAGUUUGCGCAACGAUGCAACGGUUGUCAGACCGCUAUCCUAAAGCAAUUUGUCGAGAUCUUCCGGAAUGGUCAGAAUCAGCACUGGCACCCUGAAUGUUACAUGAUUCAUAAAUUCUGGAACGUCCGACUUGCACAAUCGGAGACCCAAGUGGAGCAGAAAGACAUCAAUGCUCCUGUUACCGAGGAUGAGCGGGAAACUGUCAAAGAAGAUGAAGAAAACAUGGAGGACAAAGUCUACCGGAUCUGGAGCACCCUUUCUACCUUUGAAGAAUCCUCUGCUUCCUGUAUCUCAGACAUGCUUCUACACGUCAGUAAUGGCGUCUACGUCGAUGGAGUCAUUGUUGCUCGAAAGUUCAUCUGGCACGUUGACAUCCUCUUCGGCGCUAUCGACACCCUUGCAGCUUUGGUCAUCAAGGCUCAACUCAAAGAACUCGCCUACGGUCGAGAAGCGAAAUUGCUCUGCAAAAAAGUCGUCGCCUUCUUCACACUUCUCUCAAAAACCCAGGAGACUGGGGUGCGAAAACUCGGCGUCACCCAGGAGCUCUUGUCCUUGGUCACUGGUCUGGCUCACUACCUCAAGUUACUCAUUCGCAUCGGUCUACAAGGAGCAUUGAAACUUGAGCGUGAGAAAGGAUCGCCUGAAGGCCUUCAUGCUUUCUUGGACGAACUUGCCGACUUGGAAACAAUUAAAGAACAGGAGAUGAAAUCACUGGAUUUGCAAGAGAGUGUGGCAGGUCUUGCUAGUCAAGAAUCAGAUUGCUGCUCUGCAUGCAUGGAACCCAUAGAUGACGAAUGUGUCAUGAUUUACGGUCGAAGAUGGCAUGCAAAGCCUCGUCAUCUUACCUGUAGUGUGUGCCAGCGAGAUUUGACGACCGACCUCGCCUAUGCGAUGUACAACGAGAGAGAAGAAAAGGUAUACUGCAUUGAUCAUGCAAGACGGACGCCGGACACAGUCUCUGGCUUCGCCCAUGUCACCAAAUUACAGCAAUAUGUCUUUUUACUCCAGGUUGCCUUGGCACGCUUGCUUGAGGUUUUGAAGUCUGGCGGUACUCUACCACAUACUUCUGAUGAUCCUAAUCUGACACCAUACAAUACGAAUGAAGGACAUCAUGUAUCACCUUCCGGAGAACCGGUCACGCCUCAUCAGAAGAUGGGAUCACGGUCUAGAUCUUACGCAGGUACAUCGAGCCAACAAGAGUCUUCCUUAGAGCAGACUGUGGGUGAGAUGAAGCGACUUCGGUCCACUCGAAACGAACGCACCCUUUCCACAACAUUCCGAAAGGCUCGAGAGUCUAAAAUCCUCUAUGGCCCAACUGGUGUGCGACCAGGCUCUCAAGGGGGUGAUGGCCAGGAUACCCGGAAUCCAGGGAAUUUCCAGAUCGUUCAGGAGAAAGAUCUUGAUGGUCGCAUGAAAUCGGAACUUACUUUUGGCAAUCAAGAGGGUCUCACCCUGGAUGACAUUCCGAGGAUUGUUGCGGCUGAGCAGGCAAAGGAACAGCGGCCGAACGCUUUCCGUCAUGCAGGCACCAACCUGAUUGGUCACCGAGGUAAUGAACCUAGACUUGUCAAUGGGCACCAGCGAGGUUCGUCUGGUGGUGCUGCUGAUCUCCUUGCCGGAGAAAGCCCUCUCAGAACAAAACGAUACUUUUCGGAACUGUCUGCACUGGAGUACUUUAUCGUCCGGCAUGUGGCCGUCCUUUCGAUGCAGCCCUUGUUAGAUGGGGAAUAUACCCUUGAGGAUUUACUAGGUCUCAUUGAACAGCGCAAGCAGACAUUCUGGGGCAAAGUCAGUCGUGCACUCCGUGGUGAUGCUGGCGUCAAGAAGAAAGGAAUUUUCGGCGUCCCAUUGGAGACACUAGUUGAACGUGAGGGAGCAGAAUCAACCAACGGAGUCGGACCUGGUGCCCUCAGAGUUCCAGCCAUCGUUGAUGACUGCGUAUCUGCAAUGAAACAAAUGGACAUGUCGGUCGAAGGUGUCUUCAGAAAGAAUGGCAACAUCAAACGCCUCAAAGAGACGGCAGAAGCAAUCGAUGCAAAUCAGACGCCCGACCUCAACCGAGAAAAUCCGGUCCAGGUUGCUGCGCUGCUCAAGAAGUUUCUGAGAGAGAUGCCUGAGCCGCUGUUGACAUACAAGUUGCAGAAGUUGUUCAUCAUUUCCCAAAAGAUUGUGGAUGAUGAACGCCGAAGGAGGGUUCUGCAUCUCACAUGCUGUCUGAUGCCAAAGAGUCAUCGCGAUACUAUGGAAGUACUAUUCUCAUUCUUAAAAUGGGCAGCCUCUUUUUCGCAGGUUGAUGAAGAGUCUGGCAGCAAGAUGGAUAUCCACAACUUGGCUACCGUUAUGGCGCCGAACAUCUUGUAUGCAAAAGAGAAGGCACCAGGCGCAAGAACACCUCAAGUUCCACAAGUUGAUGAUAGCUUCCUUGCUAUUGAGGCGGUCAACACAUUGAUCGAAUACAAUGAUCUGUUCUGUCAGGUCCCAGAAGAUCUACAGUCCAUCUUGACUGAUACGAAUCUUCACGGCAGCUCUGCAGAACUUACAACCAAGGAGAUAUUAUCCCGAUAUGGUCAUAUUGCUAAGGGCCAGGUGCAGAAACAGACCGUCGCAGCACCAGAUGCACCAGUCCGCAGCCCCGCGUCAGCUUCGAACUCUCUUGGACCCGUCGCCACAAGGGUGGACGUCGACCCGUAUCAGGCUAACGCAUGGCAGAAGCAAAGUUCUGUUAGGCCUGUACAAAACAUAGUUUCAGCAACAUCGACGUCAGCAAAUGAGUUCAACUUCGGCGUGCCUAACAGCCCGUAUGCUCGAGACCGUGCAGGAAGUGCUGAUAGUGGAGGAAGUCACGGGGGUGCGGCGGGUGGACGACAAAGUUACCAGCCGAGAGCAGGGCAAAUGGGUGUAGCAGGUUGA